AUGUCGCUGCAGAUGGUAUCCGCCGUCAGUAACUCAUCCUUGCUUCAGCCGGGCUUCUCUCUCCUGAAUUUUGAUGAGCAUGUUUUCUUCUUUGGUCAGAAAGGAUGGCCAAAGAGAUCCUGCCCCACUGGUGUUUUCCUCCUCGAUAUAAAGCAGAACGAGCUCAAAAUGAAGCCUGCCUUCUUCUCCAAGGACUCGUGUUACCUUCCCCCUCUCCGCUACCCUGCCCUCUGCACGCUCAGAAGCGAUGCAGGGGCUGAUGAGUACCAGUACAUCAUCCACGGUGGUAAAACACCCAACAACGACCUUUCUGAUAAGAUUUACUUUAUGAGUCUGGUAAACAAAACUAGCAAGAGAAUGACAUUCCAAUGCAUUGAGAAAGACCUGGGUGGAGAUGUCCCUGAAGCUAGAUAUGGGCAUACAAUUAAUGUAGUUCAUAGCCGGGGAAAAAGCGUGGCUGUUCUGUUUGGAGGGAGGUCGUAUACUCCUCUUGCACAAAGAACCACUGAAAAAUGGAACAGUGUGGUUGACUGUUUGCCAUCUGUGUUUCUCAUUGAUUUUGAGUUUGGAUGCUGUACAUCAUACAUACUUCCAGAGCUUCAAGAUGGGCUUUCUUUCCACGUCUCAAUUGCCAGAGAUGAUACAAUCUACAUCUUGGGAGGACACUCACUUCAAAAUAACACCAGGUCCCCCAACUUAUACAAGCUAAAAAUUGAUCUGCCCCUGGGCAGCCCGGCUGUGACCUGCACCAUCCUGCCAGGGGGGAUAUCAGUCUCAAGUGCUAUAGUGACCCAGAUCAGUGACACUGAGUUUGUCCUUGUCGGUGGCUACCACUCAGACAGCCAGAAACGGCUGGUGUGUAACACCAUAGUUCUGGAAGACAGUAGGAUAGAGAUUGUUGAAAGUGUGAGCCCAGAGUGGACACCAGAUAUUAAACACUGCAGAACGUGGUUUGGCUGUGAUAUGGGUAAAGGGUCUGUUUUGCUGGGCAUUCCAGGGGCCAACAAACAAAUAAUCCCAGAUGCAAACUACUUCUACAUUUUGAGAUGCAAAGGGGCAGAAGAGGACAAGGAAGAAGAAUUGAUAACACAAAUUUGCAGUCAGACAUCAAGUGAAGACCCUGGAGACUCCACUCCAUUUGAAGACUCGGAGGAGUUUUGCUUUAGUGCUGAAGCCAAUAGCUUUGAUGCUGACGAUGCUGAUACUUACAAUGAAGAUGACGAAGAAGAUGAAUCAGAAACAGGCUACUGGAUCACCUGCUGUGCCAGUUGCAAUAUUGACAUUAACACCUGGGUCCCUUUCUAUUCGACGGAGCUCAACAAGCCUGCAAUGAUCCUGUGCCGGCGGGCUGGCCACUGGGUCCACGCGCAGUGUAUGGACCUCUCAGAGACCAUGCUUCUGCGUCUCUCCGAAGCAAAUGUCAAGUACUUCUGCAACAAGCACCUUGACCUUCACAAAGGGCUGCAAACUCCCCAAAAGGUGCUGUGCCUGAGAAGGCCACCCAUGAAACCAUUGCGCAGAAAGAGAGCCAUGAAGUUACCGACAUCAGCGAAGAAGUCCUUUCUUCGGAGGCUGGUGACUGUGUAG